UAAACUCUCCCAAAUUUCUAUUUGUCGAUCUUAUUGAACUUACUGUUACUUUGUUAUUCUAUAAAUGGUUAUUAGUGUAUUAAAAUAUACUGCUAUGUUCCGUAUCAUUUUUUUACAAUAUCAUAACCGCAUGUCCUAUACUUAUUGUAUAUCCGUAUCUGGGCAACAUAGCUCAGAACCUCAUCAGUUUGGUUGGGUGUGGGCAAGAGGGGGAGGGUGGAGGCAGAGGUGGUUGUAGGAGGUAUGUCCUUUGGUAGGCAUUGGGGGGCUUCCACUGUGAGAGAGAAGAUCAUUGGCCUCAUGGCAUGAUGGGCCGGACAUCAAGGUCGAUGCUGUCGUCUGGGUGUGGCGUCGCAACUGGUCUUGGUGAGUGGGACGGAUCCUUGGCACCAAAGAGCUGAACAAGUACCACAUUGUCCUACUGAGCUCCACUGGCACGCCCAUCUAGCUUCUAGGCUGUCGCGAUGGCAUCAUGUCCAUACAACCCUAUGCCCUUCAAGAUUUCAACUUACCUGUCAUGUUAAUCAGUUAAAUUUCCCUACAUUCCUGUGUUUUUCCAGUUUUUCAGUGUGCAGAUACAAUUGGUUCUGGUGAUCCAUGGCAGAUGCUAUAUUUUCUGGAUACUUGCAUCCACAUCCAUACCUUAGAGAUGAUAAGGGUGUUUGCAAAUUAGCUCUAGUGAAUUGUUCUUGCUACCCAUAGUGGUAGUAGUAAGAGUGGCCUCCCUAGUUGCCUCCAUGAUGGGAGAGCUAUCAGAAGGAUCAUUUAGUGAUUAGUAUAAUCUCGAGAAGUCUAAACGCGUGAAGCCAUUUUGGUGUGGACAAUUUGACGAAUGUAUAGAAAAUGUCAAGGUUGGGCUAGUGUUUAAAAGACGACAUAUACAAUGAAGAGAAAUACACUCACAGAGAGAAGGCCAUUCUUCAUGCCCUUGAAAUUGAGAAAUCCCAGCAACCACUCAAAGGGCAUUUGAGUACUUGUGGAUCUUCUGUAUCCAUAAAGGAUCAGAUCUCAAAACCCAUUGGUCAAACUACUGAAUGUAGUAAGCAGGGCAUAUCUUAUAUCUGAGAUCGUAGAUCCAAGAUGGAAAUCAUUGGCUUUGUCACCCCUAUUGGUCCUUUAUCUGAAGAAAACCACAAGAGCGAUGAGAAUUUGGUGCCACUGGAGUGUGAAGGGACAAUGGAAUGCAAUGCACAAGACAAUGAUGCUGUUGGGUUGGAUGCAAGAGUGGAAGGUGUUGUCUGUGAGCCCACUGACCUUCAGAAAAAUAUACAAGUUUAUGAUGUUGAGUUGACUGUUCUAGGAAACUACACAGGUCACGGCUUGCCCCUUGAUUUCCUUGAGAGUAAAACGACUGGUGAACCCAUUAAGGGCUACCCUGUUGAUGUGGAUGUUUUAGAGGAUUGUUCUUCAGCAAGUAUUCAUGAUCACCUCCCAGUGAUUAGGAGAAUUGGGAAGAAGAGGCUGAGACGCGGACAUGAUGGAAGAUGGAUGAAGAGGACCCCACUACGUUUUCCGGCUGUGUCCACAGCUGUGCGUGCCGUGUCCACCGCUGCGCAGACAAAAAAGAACUCAAACGAGGACCCAGUAUUUGAGGAAUGCUCCCUUCUAUUGACUCUAGCUGCGAAAGCCUCCCUGCUGCAUACAUGAAGACCCCUAGGAGCCGCAGUUGAUUCCAGCAGCAUGGGAGUAUCAUAUGAGAAUGACUGACCAUUUUUUUUCUGGUUCAUGUGGCUCACCUUUGCCCCUUACACCUGAGGCGAGGUCGACCAGGAGCUGCACUUCUUUGUACUUAUGUUCUGCCUCCCCUCUGUGCUCCUGUGCGUUCGGUUUAGUUCAGUUGUGAGGAUAAGUUGGGCUAUUUAUGGUUGUAAGAACAUGGAAGAUCGAAUUUUAUUUUAAUCUCAGCUGGGUUGCACGAUACACAGCUGUUUCGAUCUUUUCUGUUGGAAAUUAGGGAUGUACAGUGCUGUUGACUUUGUUGAGCUCCACAUAACUUGGAGCUGAUUUAAGAGAUCACUCAUAUAAUGAGUUAUUUAGUGUA